ACUUAAUUUCACACUAGUAAAUCAUAUUUUGUUGAGGAAUUACCACCUAAUUGCCCUUAAUAUUUAUAGUCUUAGUUAAGGAUGUUUCUGCCUCUUAUUAUACUAAGUGUUUUGACUAUUUCUUUCGCACUGCCCAAUGGCAUUAAUCCACAGAAUGUCAUAACGGUACCACCUAAUUGUCCUCCGGGGCAAGAAUUAAUUAAUGGACAGUGCAGAGACAUUUGGAGAAGUGGGCUUACAACACCAUUACCACCAUCACUGAUAAAUGGUAAGAGUGUUACCCCUAUGAAUAUGAUCACCGUACCUACGAACUGCCCUCCAGGUCAACAAUUAAUAAAUGGUCAAUGCCGUGAUGUGUGGAAGAAAGUUAUAGCAUAUGGAAUAAAUAACAGUCCUACGAAUAUGGUCACCGUACCUCCAAACUGCCCUCCAGGUCAACAAUUAAUAAAUGGACAAUGCCGUGAUGUUUGGAAAGGAGUUUUAGCUGAAUCUAGGCUAUUUGAAAUGUUAUUAAAAAAAACAUUGGCCAGAUCAACUAAUAGUGAAUUCUCCAGACGUGAAGAACAUGAAAACGGUAAUGAAAACUUACUUGAAAGUAAUGACUCUUUAAGAAAUAUAAUAAGCGUUCCGACUCAGUGUCCUGAAGGAUAUAGACCUGAUGCUCUUGGAAUUUGUCGUAGAAUUUUUUAAUACAUUUUGUUUGUUACUUUGAUGAAAUAUUUGAAAACGAAAUUAACGAUUACUUUGAAUAAAUAUAUAAUCAUAA